AUGGAGGAGUUGCCUGUCGAAGAGAAACUAAAAAUUGUCUCUGGUUUUUUACUUGAAAGUCCUCCGGGAGAAGUCAAUGAUGUUUACAGGGAUGUUAAAGUUUUAAUUGGAGACGAAAAUCAAGAAGAGUUUGAAAGAGGAAUCGGGCCAUCUUUACAGCAAUAUAAUAUUGAACAAUAUGUAACUGCAACCCUCCCCGGACAAGAAGAGAAGGUUAUAGUGUCAAAAUUUGGACAGAUCGAAGAUGACAUAUAUUUGGAUCCGAGGUCACAACAAACCUUUAGGUUUAACCAUAGCCGUCACGGAAAUAUAAAAGUGAACGUCCAUUAUUAUGAAGAUGGAAAUGUGCAAUUGGAUUCUUCCAAGGAGAUUGAGAUUACGUCUUUGCUAGAAUCCGAGGAUCCAAACGAACGAGCUGCAGCGUAUGCCAAGUCAAUUAAUAAGGCUGAGCACGAAUUUCAAAGUGCGUUAAAUGAGGCGUAUGUUGAGCUUUCGGAGAAUACAUUCAAAGGAUUGAGGCGUGCCCUUCCACUUACGCGUCACAAGCUUGAUUGGGAUAAGUAG